AUGACAAGUUCUACAUUAAAAAAUCGCAUUAUUACCUCUUCUCAACCUACCGAGUCCUCACCUUUUACCCCAGAUAAUGACCAAAUUAGCCUGAUCUUCUCAACUAAAUAUACAUUCAAUGUCAAAAAAUCAACUAUAAAUUACAAAACAUUACCGAAGUUCAUUAACGAUACUUUACGUUACUUAAAUACAUUUAAUUAUCCUUAUGAAAUGUUUUAUGUUGAAAAUGGAAAGGAAGUUGUGGCUAAGUCGACGAACUCGGAUACGAUGAGAAUUUUGAAAGGAAUUUGUGAAAGUGAUACAAAAAAUAUUGAUAAAGUCUAUUUUCUUGCUGAUAAGGAGGUAUGA